GAUAUCUCCUUAAAUAGCAAACGUUUUAUAUAAUUGAUGUGCUGUAGGCAACAGACCAUGUCAAAAUUGUAGUACCUUCCUGUCCUAUAAACAAAUUUUACAUAAGCUUGAGAAAAUAUCUGUGAUAGAGAAAAUUAUAUUUUGUAUAUUUUCAGGCAUGAUUCUUUAGAAACUCACUUGAACAUUUCUCCAGGUUUCAUAUCCUGACUUUUAAAGUGUAUCAAGCAAUCAUUUUCAACCUAGGAUAGCCAUACGUUAUUAUAGGCCUGAAAUAUGUCCUUUUUCCACACAUCUCCCAAUAUAUUAAAUGCCAUUCAUUUAAAAAUAAAAACUCAACAUGAAUCGUCUUAUUUGAGCAAUGUGUUUAUAAAGAUAAGGAACUGGGCACUAUUCGGCAAAGCAAGAAUGCUUGAGCCUUUUCCUCCCAACAGAGCUGGAGAUCUCUAGACUUUGAGUACAUUUAGCAUCUCUAGGACAGGAGCACAUUCCAAGCCACAUGAAGAAAGUAUUCUAUAAUGCAUAUGCCUUGCUUUUCCAUACAACUUAUUAAAUCAAAGCUACAUAGUAGAGUUUAAGUGUUUUCCCUCAUGAUUACCACUUACACUCUCCCAAUUUCAACCACUCUUUAAAAUUAAGAAACUUAUAGUACAAAAUGCAAAAUUGCCUUUCUCAACUGUUCUAUAAUGUCUUUCUAAGUUUGUCUUUUGAGUAUUAUAUUUGUGUCAUCUCCAUCCCUCCUUCUCCACUUCAACUCCUCCUGCAGACUCCUAUCCAUCCUUUCAUGAUCAUGACAUCUUCUCUUACAUUUGUUUUAUUUAGCACACAUGUGAUUUUAUUUAGUUUAUUGUAUUUAACACAGUAUGUGAUUAUAUAUAUGCAUAUAUCAAUAAUAUAUAUACUUAUAUGUAUAUAUUACAUAUACAUAUACGUAUCCGUAUACACACAUAUAUGUGUAUAUAUACAUAUACACACACAAACAAACACACACACACACACACAUGAGCUCCUGUGUAAUUUAGUGUUAGUCUUACAUGUUCUUAGGGACAACCACUUGUUAUCACAUCACUGCAGGGCUGACUGAUCAAUAAAGAAGACAGAUUCACUCCCCACAGCCAACAUCUUGUUCCCUUUAAGAGCAUAUUAUGAAAUGAAAUUACAGAUAACAAGAUGUCUCAAAUAAUUCAUAUGAACUUUCAUUAUAUUUUUUCUAAUGAAAAGGGAAUAAUAAAAGAAGUGCAAAGUAUAUCUACCCAUUCAAUAUUUUUAGGUAUUGGUGUUUUUCUUCAGGUCUUGAUUUAGGUAAACAAAGGAGUAUCCCAUGGGUGGGAUCAUCUUUAAAACAAAGAACACAAUGCAAGAAGAAAACACUCAGAAUAGAAUAAAUAGUCCUCCCUGGGAUGUGCUCUUCAUUAGUUCUCGAGUAUCAUGUGGGUGUCCCCGAAAUCAUACACAUAUGAGUUACACUAAACAGACUGGAUAGUGUGUGUGUGUGUGUGUGUGUGUGUGUGUGUGUGUUUGAGUGUGUGUAUAUGUGUAUGUGUGCAUAUGUGUGUGUAUAUGUGCAUAUGUGUGAGUGUGUGUGUAUGAGUGUAUGUGUGAGUGCAUAUGUGUGUAUGUGUGAGUGUGAUUGUGUGUAUAUGUAAUGUGGGUGUGUGUAUGUGUGUGUAAAACAAUAAGAACUAAAGAAAAAGAGGUGGUAUUUUCAAGAGAGGACAAGUUGGAUACAUAAGAGUGAGUAGAAUGUGGAAAGGGAAAAAUGGAAAUGAUAUAUUACCUUUCAGUUAAAAAUCAAACAAACAAGAAACUUACUAUUACAAUGUAACAGUAAGAGCUCUGUUUAGAGGUACAGAGCUACUAGUACAGCUACUCUCAGCCUGUUGUUUGCAUCCCAUAGAUACAAUCUAGGAGGAUCAGAAGUAGUGUGUCAUCUAGUAACACUGAUGGUACUGCAGUGCCUACCUCAUCAGACAGAUUCAAAGGUACUCACUCUAGAAAUUCACUGACAAUUGAAAAAAAUAUAAUUUUUCAGAAAAUUUUCUGUUACAGCAUAAAGAAAUGGUUCUUUUUCUGUUGCAUUGGUUCAAGAUUUCAAUUAAACAGAAUAAAUUCCUCCCCUGAACUCACUGUGAAAUAUGCUUUUAUUAACUACCUGUGAAAUACUCCUGCUUGACCUUGAAAAUAAAAUUAUCACAUUUCAACUGUUAUUGUAACUUCUUAUUGAGCCUCCAAAUUAUUUGUAGUUGUAGGAGACAAAUACCGACAAGAAGUAAUCAAAGAGUACUUAUUUUUGUUUAAAGAUAAUACGGCAAAGAUAGGAAGAAUUAAAAUAUAUCAUUGUGAUUGUGAGAACAAGGGAGAUGUUUCACAAGCUCGUAGGAACUCAUGUUGCUGAAGACUCAAGUUUUACUUCCAACACCCAUAUCAGACAACACACACCAAUUUAAUUCUAGAACAGGCCAUCUAAGACUAUCUUCUACACACUACAUCUGCCCCCACCCCCAGAACUCACAUGUGAACCCACCGAUGGACCUCUGAAAGUAAAAAUAAAUUUUAAUAUGACAUCAAAAUAUGAAAAUCUCCAUUGUGGCUCACAGAGGGAGUUGAAAUACUGAAGAGUCAGAGAGUAAUAGCCAAGCAAUUAGUGAUAACUAUGUAUGUGUGUUCGUAAAUAUUAAUGAAUUAAUCUGUGGACAUUUAAGAGUUAUCAAGAUAUUUCUUUACCUAUUUACCAGUCUCUGAUUAAAUCUCAUCUAAAAUUUAUUUUAGUGGCUUGCCAACGGAGUGUUUUUAUUUAUUUGUUUAUCAAUUUAUUUGUUUGUUUUAAUCAAUCAAUUAAUAUUUUUACAUUCCAUAUUAUAUUCCUCCCAACCCACCCUCAGAAAGUUCCACAUCCCAUACCUCCUCCCUACCCCCUGUCUCCACCUGGAUUUCCCUACCUACCACACCACCUGACUUUUUUUUUUCCUUUUUUUAAAAUUAGGUAUUUUCUUCAUUUACAUUUCCAAUGCUAUCCCAAAAGUCCCCCAUGCCAUUCCACCCCUACUAUCCUGCCCCUCCCACUCCCAUUUCUUGGCCCUGGUGUUCCCCUGUACUUAGGCAUACAAAGUUUGCAAGACCAAUGGGCCUCUCUUUCCAAUGAUGGCCGUCUAGGCCAACUUCUGCUACAUAUGCAGCUAGAGACAUGAGCUCCAGGGGAUACUGGUUAGUUCAUAUUGUUGUUCCACCUAUAGUGUUGCAGAUACCUUUAGCUCAUUGGGUACUUUCUCUAGUUCCUCCAUUGGGGACCCUGUGAUCCAUCCAAUAGAUGACUGUGAGCAUCUACUUCUAAACUCCCUGGGGCCUCCAGUUUCUUGAGAGCUAGGUGCAUCAUUUCUGAAUGAACACAGACCCAGAAGUCCCCUAUUGUAUGUGUGUUGGCGGCCUCAUAUCAGCUGGUGUAUGCUGCCUGUUUGGUGGUCCAGUGUUUGAGAGAUCUUGGUGUUCAGGUUAAUUGAGACUGUUGGUCCUCCUACAGGAUUGCCUCUCUCCUCAGCUUCUUUCAUCAUUCCCUAAUUCAACAACAGGGUUGCUGCUUCUGUCCAUUAGUUGGGUGCAAAUAUCUGCGUCUGAUUCUUUCAGUUGCUUGUUGGGUUUUCUGGAGUAUGGUCAUGCUAGGUCCCUUUUUGUGAGUGCUCCAUAGCCUCAGUAAUAGUAUCAGGCCUUGGGACCUCCCAUUGAGCUGGAUCCCACUUUGGGCCUGUCGGUGGACCUUGUUUUCCUCAGGCUCCUCUCCAUUUCUAUCCCUGUAAUUCUUUUAGACAGGAACAAGUAUGGGUCAGAGUUAUGACUGUGGGAUGGCCCCCCUCUACCUAAUUUGAUGCCCUGUCUUCCUACUGGAAGUGAGCUCUAAAAGUUCCCUCUCCUACUAUCAGGCAUUUCAUCUAAGGUCCAUCCCUUUGAGUCCUAAGAGUGUCUCAGCUGUCAGGUCUCUGGUGCACUCUGGAGCGUCCCCUCAACUUCCUAUCUCCUAGGAUUGCCUGUUUCCAUUCUUUCUGCAGGCUCUCAGGGCAUUAACAAGGAGGUCACCUAUGGUUGGUAGAAAUUAAUCAUUUUCAAUGAAAUAAAAGGGAAACAACUGGAGAAUGACACAGUUUUGUGUGCUUGGUAAUGUUUUUUGGUCUUUUGAGUCCUGGAGGGACAUGGAGAAUUUUCUCAUUGGAGAUUUAUGCUGAUAUAUACAGGCAUCACUGGGCCCUUUUUAGCUCUCUGGCUCAGCAAAUCCACCAAUUUUGUUGGCUGAUGUAAGGUGUUCAGGAGAUGAGAGAGUCUCCUGUGUAAAUCAUAGUAGGGAAAGCAGGAGGCUUUAUUUGAAACAGCAGAAUAUAAGUUCAUUACUUUCCAUUGCUGUUGUUGGGAUGCACACUGGUAAUAAGUAGUGUGUGCUCAUCUAGGGAGAUUUAGUGACAUGAACAUUUGGUCUAACUGUGCUUAAGUUAAAGGAUGGUAGCAUAAUCACCAUUUUGUGAUCAGAUAAACAACUGAUACCAUAGAUUUUUGUCACACUCAAUACUCUUAGCAUCUUCUACCAAGUAACUCUGCUGUGAGUACAGUUUUGUGCUUUAUAUGACAUCUAGCAAUGUCACCGAAUUCUACCCACUGAGUGCUUUGGGAACAUCCCCCACUCACCAGUGCAUUUUCUGCUAUGAUAAAGUAAGUCUCCACACUUUCAUUGAUUGAAAGUAACAACAUCAUCUACUUUUAAACUAUUGCAUAAUCUUGUAGAUAAACUCAUAAUGCCUUCAGGAAAGAAGAAUAGUUCCAUCUUCACCACAGCUAACAAGGGGAACAUAUCACUGUAAUUAACAAGAUAUACAUAUAAAUUCAAAUGACCUUAGAAACUCUAGUAAUGUUUUCUGUUAUAAACUUAUCAGCCAAGGCUUAAUUUUCCAACUUUUUUUUCAAUUAUUAAUGGCACAAUUGCAUAAGUUAUGUUAUAUUGUUAUUACUUCGUAUUAGUCAUUAAAGAGAUUAUAUCCUUAUUAAGAAAAUAAUUAGUUGAGAAAAUGGUGAAAGACACGAUCUUAUUGUGCAUAAAUAGUAACAGCAAAGCAUAAUUGAAUAGUAGUAUUAUAGUAAAAUUUAAUAUAAUUUUUAGUUUUCUCCAUUUCAUUUAGUUGUCCCAAAGCUGGAGGACUUGCCAGGAGCAUUGACAGAAUCAAAUUUAUGUCAUGAUUGGGCCAAAUGGCUAAACACUGGAGCAAAGUUCAAUUGAUUUCUCUUUAGCUCUUCUCCAGUUGGUGAGGGAUCCACAUGGAUUCUGAACUGCAUGUUUGCUACAUAUGGGCAGAGGAGACAUGAUGCACCAAGGUGUGGGGAUAACCAGAGGGACAACACAUUCUCAGAGGAGAGGAGGAAGGGAAUGGAGGAGGGACUCUGUGAUGGGUGGACCAAGAGAGGAGGCAGCGUUUGAGAUAUAAAUAAAUAAACAAAUUAUAAAGAUUUUAAAUAAAUUUUAGAGAUUUAGCUCUCUUUUUAUGUUAACCUUUUGCUGUGUUCUAACUCUUUAUCUUGCUACUGGUCAAACCUAAGUACUCAUAUAUGUUGGACACUGCUAUAGAAGUGAGUGACAUGCCCAGCCUACCACUCAUUUCUUAGAUGACAAGUACCUUAAUGACAAGGACUUUUUCUUGUGUAAUCACUCUUGAAAAAUAAAAUCAAGAAGGAGUUUUGUUUCAGUUGUUCUAUCUCACAGGUUGCCUGAAUAUUUGUAUGAAAGUAUUAAAUGUUUGGUGGGAAAUGCUGACAAGAAUACUCAGUGUUUGUUUCAAAAUAGUCGUCUUAUAUAUUGUUCAGUGUCAGUUCAGUUUACAAAUACAUAUUUCCUGGAAUAUUGCUACACAUUUAUUAUGGGUUUUCCUGCUUCCAAGUUUAUUCUCCACCAAAUAAUAUGUAUGGCUGUUGAAACUCAUUUAGGGUCAUGGAAUUUCCCUAACUACAUCUUACCUAGAGCUCAUCACUGAGCCGACCAUGUGAGAACUUUGGUAGCUAGGGAAUUUGAAGCUACCCUUUGCCUUUCGUUGCUUGGUAUUCUGUUAGUUCCCCGUAUGUUCACUCUUCCUGGCACCCUGAAGUCCUGCUAGAUCUUAGAAGGAGGAAAGCUUGCGUUCUCAUCAUCCUGAUAAAUCCUUCCACCUAGAUUGGCUUCUUUUUCAUCUGGCCUAACUUCUCCUCAAACUAAGAACUCAUGACGAUUCAUAGUCAAAAAAAAAAAAAAAUGACCUUCUCUGCCCAAUGCAUCAUUUAAUACAAGUCUUCCUCUGGCCUUUUAAUGACCAGAGAUUAUUCUUUUAUCUCUCUCUCUUUUUUUUUUUAGUCUUCUUAACUUACUGGAUGACCAACACUAUGUUUAUUAUGUUGUAUCACAGCAUUUUUCAAUUUCCUCAUUAUAGAAACACAUAGUGAGGUGAUUUACUCUGGAUUUGUUUGGUUUUAGUUGUUGUUGGAGGUGGUGUUUGUUUGUUUGUGGGAUUAUCUCUAAUAUUUUUCCCAUUUGUGGGUCUCCAUGCUACCAUAACCUAUAGGAGUCAUCAACUCACAGUUGCCUGUACACACUAACACUCUCUUUCUCACAUACAUCCACACACAAUGGUUCCUAGCUGUUUUUCCUUGACUCUUGUUGCAGGAAAUGGAAAAGUGAUGCGGACCAUUGAAAUCUGAAUCCAUACCUAGUUCAUCUGAAUCCUGGCUUUACCACUUAUGCCACAAUGCACAAAGCAGCAUCCUUAAAGAUGAAUAGUAUCAGACGCACUUUACAUAGUUUUAUGCAUAUACAAGAGCAAUAUGUGACAUAUAGAGAGUGUGAUAUCACUAUUGUACUUACUCUUCUCGUAGAGAGGGAAUUUCCUGACAUAAGAGCUAUCUCAGAAAGAUCGAAUGCAGACAAGUUCAGCAGAGGGCCUACCACCUGAAUAACAAAUGCUCAGAACUGCACUAAGUUCAAACCAAAGCUAUAUAACAUUAGAUAAGAGAUCUAAGCUUUCUUUGUAACAAUGUACAAAAUACUACAUGGGGGUAGUAACUGGUCAACUUCAUUGACUUAUAAAUGAGUUAACACAUAUUACAUAUUUAGCUUUCAUGGUAUGCUGAUGUACCACAAAUAUGAACUUAGUUGAGAAGUCAUGUUUCUUAUAAAAGUGUCUCUGUAUUAUAUAUAUAUUUAAUAUUUUUGUUAUUGUCUCUAACCACAUUCAUUCUAUUGGCUACAGAUAUUCAAGGGUGGAGGCUCUAAUCUCUUUUCUAGCAUGAAGAAGUCUUGGGCACAUUCUCAAACUUCAGCAGAAAAGUCUAAAAGAAAAUGACCUUCUUGCCAUGAACACCACUGGCGUUCUAAUUCUAUUUCAAUUUAUCCACCAGAGAAAUCUAGGUUCUGGUGCUUACCAUGGGUCACUGAAUGGGAAGCAAACCUCUAAAAUCUAAACGUGACAUUUCCGAAGAAUCAACCUGACCAAAUGUAUCAGCCAUUAAGGAAGGAAUGGUUUUCUUCUAAACCCUGCUCAGUCCAGGCCCUUCAGAAAUGUUCAACAUUCUCUGCCAACAAGAUUUGAUCCAAUGCUAGCCUAGCUCCCUGCCAUUUUUAUGUUCUACCUAAGGAGAAACAAAUCAUUAAGAAGAAAUAAACAGAUAAGAGGAAUUAAGCUGGUAAAUAGUAUAUGAGCAUAGUGUUAGAGUCUUUAUUAGAAUAUAGUAGUGAGGUAGUUGGCCGAUCAGUUCUACCAAUAUCUGUUCCAAUGCAGUUAAUGACAGCAAAUGAUACAUGCUAAGCAAGAAGUGGAGAAAUUUGAGAAAAAAGAAAAUUCAGAGUGAAAUAUGAGCUGACCUUUUAGAAUAUGCUCAGACAUAAAUUUUAAAUUACUCCUUGCAAACUGGGCAUGAUAUGAUCUGUUUUCAAAUAUUUUGGAAGUUCUGAAAUUGAUAGUGAGAUGUAGAGGUUUAUUCGACGUCUAAAUUAAUUCUUUGAGUAUCCUAUUAAAGUCAUUGUCCUGUUCAUAGUAAAAUUUUAUUUUCUAUUAUCUGUAUGUUUAAAUCUAAAACUAGGUUCAAAUAAUAUAGGUUAUUUAAAAUGAGACAACUCAUUCUUUUCAAAGUACUUUUUCCAAGCACAUGAUGUGAAAAGGCCAAUUUAUUAUACUUGAAAAUAAAAUUGGUGGUUUACCAUAAUAUUGAAAGCCAUUGCUUUAAAACAUAAAUACAUAAUUUAUGUGCUGUGGCUCACUGAUUAAGGGAAUAAUUGGCCAUAUGGACAAUACUAAAAUAUAGACAGAUUUGAAAUAUUUGCUAGAAUGUUCUGGUCCAUGCUCAUUCAAGUCAGGUUUUAGAAAUAAAGUUCGUAUUAUCUGAAACUAGAAUUCUAGGUUUCUUGGCUCACCUCCUUGUCAUCCAUAGGUGGAGUCGUGAGGUUGGAUUUUAAGAUAAACACACCUCCAGACCACCAGCAUUUUCGUAAAUAGACUUGCGAAAGGCCAAGAGAUUUCUAGAGUGUCUGCAUCUCCAUGGCGAUGUGCAUAAACAAAUACAAAAACGAGUCCCUGGAUGUGUGAUUAACAGAGCCUGGGCAGCCCCUCUCUGAUACUUCAAAAGUUUCCUUGUGACAUUCAUGAGGGUUCUUCAAGGGGAGGGAAGGAUACAAGAGUGCCUAAAGGACUUUGGUGCAGGAAAAAGGCACCGAGAACUUGCCCUCUUGCUUUAGUAUUAUGAAGAAAAAAAAAUGAGGUACUUGUGUUAUACCUAAUAAAUAUUUCAGAUCCAUUUACGCAUAAUUAGUGCAGUUACCACGCUUUUGUAAACUCACAAGGUGAAGGAGUGGGAAGGGAAACUGCAUUCCAGGUGCUGAGCCUGUCGCUAGCACAUCGCUGGAAAACCCCUCUGUCCUCACAACAGAUUAACUACCCUCUGUGCAUACUAUAUUUUUGUUCAGCUUUUCCUAUUCUGAGUCUGGACUGAAGCAGUCGUUAUCUGCUGGCGGUGCCUGGGUGAUUUUCAAGCCGAGCACUACCCACCCAAGUAGCUGUGAUACCAGCUUUUGCUGAAGCCUUAUUGCUCUUAAAAGAGCAAUUUGGUUGGCUGCACGGCUAUUAGGAUCACACAGGCAGCCUGAAAGCUGUCAGUACAACUGCUUCUCAUCUUUUUUUUUUUUUCACACGGUCCUGACAUCUCUUCUCUUUUUUUCUGCUGGACACACAUUCCUGUUUUUAUCAUUUUCAAUCAAGUGCACGCAGGACGCUGAGGAAUAUUCCCACUGAAAGCAAAGUGGAGAACAGGAAUGAUUUUACAGCUCUUAAAGUGGAAACAGUGCUGACUGCGGGCUGAGGGGAAGGAGCUGGAGCCGUGAGAAAUGUAGCUUGGCUCAGGGCUACAUCAGGGAGCUGCUCCUUCAGCUGCUAAAGAUGGCAAAACACCACCUACCUCCGACUUCUCAAUGAUCAAUGCUACCUUCAGAACCCGGAGGGAAGAGGAUGUGAGAAAUUUUUAUAAAAUUCACUUGUGGAAAUGUUAUCAUCCGAGAAAGUGGACAAAAUUACUAGACUCGAACUUCUCUUCGUUUUGAUGUUAUUCUUCUCAGGACCAACUCUAGGCAAGCUGACCAGGACCCCCUGGAAGGGCAAACCUUGGAAGGGGGGAUCUCGUCUUCGUCAAGAAGACUUUCCCCCCAGGAUCGUAGAACACCCUUCUGAUGUCAUCGUCUCCAAGGGAGAGCCCACCACUCUGAACUGUAAAGCAGAGGGCCGACCCACCCCCACCAUUGAAUGGUACAAGGAUGGUGAGAGGGUGGAGACAGACAAGGAUGAUCCCAGGUCCCACAGAAUGCUUCUGCCCAGCGGAUCUUUAUUCUUUUUGCGAAUUGUUCAUGGGCGCAGAAGUAAACCGGACGAAGGGAGUUACGUUUGUGUUGCAAGGAACUAUCUUGGUGAAGCAGUGAGUCGAAAUGCAUCUCUGGAAGUGGCAUUAUUGCGAGAUGACUUCCGGCAAAACCCCACAGAUGUGGUAGUCGCAGCUGGAGAGCCUGCAAUCUUGGAGUGCCAGCCACCACGGGGACACCCAGAACCAACCAUCUACUGGAAAAAGGACAAAGUCCGAAUUGAUGACAAGGAAGAGAGAAUAAGUAUCCGUGGUGGGAAGCUGAUGAUCUCUAAUACUAGGAAAAGCGAUGCUGGCAUGUACACCUGUGUGGGAACCAAUAUGGUGGGAGAAAGGGACAGCGACCCUGCAGAGCUCACUGUCUUUGAACGACCCACAUUUCUCAGGAGGCCAAUUAACCAGGUGGUGCUAGAGGAAGAAGCUGUAGAAUUCCGUUGUCAGGUCCAAGGAGAUCCCCAGCCAACGGUGAGGUGGAAAAAAGAUGAUGCAGACUUGCCGAGAGGAAGGUAUGAUAUCAAAGAUGACUACACGCUGAGAAUUAAAAAGGCCAUGAGUACUGAUGAAGGUACCUAUGUGUGUAUUGCUGAGAAUCGGGUGGGAAAAGUGGAAGCCUCUGCUACCCUCACUGUCCGAGUUCGCCCUGUUGCUCCUCCACAGUUUGUGGUUAGGCCAAGAGAUCAGAUCGUUGCUCAAGGCCGAACAGUGACAUUCCCCUGUGAAACUAAAGGAAACCCACAGCCAGCUGUUUUUUGGCAGAAAGAAGGCAGCCAGAACCUACUUUUCCCGAAUCAACCUCAGCAGCCCAACAGCCGAUGUUCAGUGUCGCCCACGGGGGACCUCACCAUCACCAACAUCCAGCGUUCAGAUGCGGGUUACUACAUCUGCCAGGCCCUAACCGUGGCAGGAAGCAUUUUAGCUAAAGCACAGUUGGAAGUUACUGACGUUUUGACAGAUAGACCUCCACCCAUAAUCUUGCAAGGACCAAUAAACCAAACACUUGCAGUAGACGGUACAGCAUUGUUGAAGUGUAAAGCCACUGGUGAGCCUCUGCCUGUAAUUAGCUGGCUAAAGGAGGGCUUUACUUUUCUGGGGAGAGAUCCAAGAGCCACGAUCCAAGACCAAGGAACACUGCAGAUUAAGAAUUUACGGAUAUCUGAUACUGGCACUUAUACUUGUGUGGCUACAAGUUCCAGUGGAGAGACUUCCUGGAGUGCAGUGCUGGAUGUAACAGAAUCUGGAGCAACAAUCAGUAAAAAUUAUGAUAUGAAUGACCUCCCGGGACCACCAUCCAAACCUCAGGUCACUGAUGUUUCUAAGAACAGUGUCACCUUAUCCUGGCAGCCAGGUACACCUGGCGUUCUUCCUGCAAGCGCGUAUAUCAUUGAGGCUUUCAGCCAAUCGGUGAGCAAUAGCUGGCAGACAGUGGCAAACCAUGUUAAGACAACUCUGUAUACAGUAAGGGGGCUGAGGCCCAACACAAUCUACUUGUUUAUGGUCAGAGCGAUCAACCCACAAGGUCUCAGUGAUCCAAGUCCUAUGUCGGAUCCUGUACGCACACAAGAUAUCAGCCCCCCAGCACAAGGAGUGGACCACAGACAGGUGCAGAAGGAAUUAGGUGAUGUCGUUGUUCGUCUCCAUAAUCCAGUUGUCCUGACACCUACAACUGUUCAAGUCACAUGGACGGUGGACCGACAACCCCAGUUUAUUCAGGGCUACAGAGUGAUGUACCGUCAGACUUCGGGACUACAAGCCUCAACUGUGUGGCAGAAUCUAGACGCCAAAGUCCCGACUGAGAGGAGUGCUGUCCUUGUGAAUUUGAAAAAGGGGGUGACUUAUGAAAUUAAAGUCCGGCCGUAUUUUAACGAGUUCCAAGGAAUGGACAGUGAAUCGAAAACAGUCCGAACCACUGAGGAAGCCCCAAGUGCCCCUCCCCAGUCUGUCACUGUGCUGACAGUUGGAAGUCACAACAGCACAAGCAUCAGUGUUUCCUGGGAUCCUCCACCAGCCGACCACCAGAAUGGAAUUAUUCAGGAAUAUAAGAUCUGGUGUCUGGGAAACGAAACGCGAUUCCAUAUCAAUAAAACGGUGGAUGCAGCCAUUCGCUCUGUAGUAAUAGGUGGCUUGUUCCCUGGAAUUCAGUACCGGGUAGAAGUGGCAGCUAGCACAAGUGCAGGGGUUGGAGUAAAAAGUGAACCACAGCCGAUAAUAAUUGGGGGACGUAACGAAGUUGUCAUUACUGAAAACAAUAACAGCAUCACUGAGCAAAUCACGGAUGUCGUGAAGCAACCGGCAUUUAUAGCUGGCAUUGGUGGUGCCUGCUGGGUAAUUCUGAUGGGUUUUAGCAUCUGGUUGUACUGGAGAAGAAAGAAGAGAAAGGGACUCAGCAAUUAUGCUGUAACAUUUCAAAGAGGAGAUGGAGGACUAAUGAGCAAUGGGAGCCGUCCAGGUCUUCUAAAUGCUGGCGAUCCCAAUUACCCAUGGCUUGCUGAUUCUUGGCCAGCCACGAGUUUGCCAGUGAACAAUAGCAAUAGUGGCCCAAAUGAAAUUGGAAAUUUUGGGCGUGGAGAUGUGCUGCCUCCGGUGCCAGGCCAAGGGGAUAAAACAGCGACCAUGCUCUCGGAUGGAGCCAUUUAUAGCAGCAUUGACUUCACUACCAAAACCACUUACAACAGUUCCAGCCAAAUAACACAGGCCACCCCAUAUGCCACUACACAAAUCCUGCAUUCAAACAGCAUCCACGAACUGGCAGUUGAUCUUCCUGAUCCACAGUGGAAAAGCUCAGUUCAACAGAAGACAGACCUCAUGGGAUUUGGUUAUUCGCUACCUGAUCAGAACAAGGGGAACAACGCCUUACUUUACAUCCCUGACUACCGAUUGGCUGAGGGAUUGUCUAAUAGAAUGCCACACAACCAGUCACAGGAUUUCAGCACCACCAGCUCUCACAACAGCUCAGAAAGGAGUGGCAGUCUCUCAGGUGGGAAAGGUGGAAAAAAGAAGAAAACUAAAAAUUCUUCGAAAGCGCAGAAAAACAACGGAUCCACUUGGGCUAAUGUCCCUCUACCUCCUCCUCCCGUCCAGCCCCUUCCUGGUACAGAGCUGGGCCACUAUGCUGCGGAACAAGAAAAUGGCUAUGACAGUGACAGCUGGUGCCCACCAUUACCGGUGCAAACAUACUUGCAUCAGGGUAUGGAAGAUGAGCUGGAAGAAGACGAAGAUCGGGUCCCAACACCUCCUGUUCGCGGCGUGGCCUCUUCACCAGCUAUCUCUUUUGGACAGCAGUCCACUGCCACUCUUACUCCAUCCCCACGGGAAGAGAUGCAACCCAUGCUGCAAGCUCACUUGGAUGAGUUGACAAGGGCCUAUCAGUUUGAUAUAGCAAAACAAACAUGGCACAUUCAAAGCAAUACCCCACCUCCACAACCCCCAGCUCCGCCAUUAGGUUACGUGUCCGGAGCCUUGAUUUCUGAUUUGGAGACAGAUGUUCCAGAUGAGGAUGCUGAUGAUGAAGAGGAACCAUUAGAAAUUCCCAGGCCCCUCAGAGCACUAGACCAGACACCUGGAUCCAGUAUGGACAAUCUAGACAGCUCUGUCACAGGUUCAAUGGUAAAUGGAUGGGGCUCUGCAUCUGAUGAGGAUCGUAACUUUUCUAGUCAUAGAUCUAGUGUAGGUAGCUCCUCAGAUGGCUCCAUCUUUGCCAGCGGCAGCUUUGCAAAAGCAUUGGUGGCAGCAGCAGACAAAGCUGGCUUUAGGCUGGAUGGAACCAGUCUUACGAGAACAGGAAAAGCCUUUAGCUCCUCUCAAAGGCAGCGGCCCACCAGCCCAUUUUCUACGGACAGUAACACCAGUGCUGCCCAGAAUCAAAGCCAGAGGCCUCGGCCCACGAAAAAACAUAAGGGAGGACGGAUGGACCCACAGCCAGUGUUACCUCAUCGGAGGGAAGGGAUGCCAGAUGAUCUUCCCCCACCACCAGAUCCCCCACCAGGUCAGGGUUUAAGGCAGCAGAUAGGCCUGAGCCAACACUCUGGUAACGUGGAAAACUCAACAGAGAGAAAAGGAAGCUCUCUAGAGAGACAACAAGCAGCCAACUUAGAAGACACAAAGAGCUCAUUGGAUUGUCCAGCUAAAACUGUUCUAGAGUGGCAGCGUCAAACCCAGGACUGGAUAAACUCUACAGAACGCCAAGAAGAAACUCGGAAAGCCCCACACAAACAAGGGGUUGGAUCAGAGGAGUCCCUGGUGCCCUACAGCAAGCCCAGCUUCCCGUCUCCUGGCGGGCACAGCUCAUCAGGAACAUCUUCCUCUAAAGGGUCCACUGGCCCUCGGAAGGCUGACGUGCUGAGAGGCAGCCACCAGAGGAAUGCCAAUGACCUUCUCGACAUUGGAUAUGUGGGCUCAAAUAGUCAAGGACAGUUUACAGGUGAAUUGUAGUAACUGAGAGGGGACAUACAAAGAUGCUCUGAGGACCAUCAGGUCCAAACUCAUGGAAGUGAUAACAUUUAACAGUGCAAUGAACAAUUUCUUUAUUUAUGUACUAUUAAAAAAAAACUGUAAAUGCAAUGUAAAGACACACAGCCACACAUAUUCCACAGUUAUUUUCUUGUGUUCUUCUCUUACUUACACCACCCACCUUAACUCUUUCUUGUCAGGAGUAUAUAAGAAAAAGAAAGAAAGCAAAACUCACCCUCCAGGAAGAAAAGGAUUUUUCCUCUGUAUAUAAUUUCUUUUGUGCAUUGCUAUGCAAGCUCACUCUUUUUAACUCUGUUCAUAUUAUUGUCUGUUCUGAUUGGUCUGUUGUACUAUAUGUGAAUUAAUGGGCUGUGGUGCCAUAUAUUAACUUUUAAUUGUGUAACUUUUUAUGUUUAAAUUUUGCACUGCGAUUUUAUUUGGUGAUAAGCACAAAUCUCUACUCCUCAUGACAUGAAGAAAAGAUUGAAUGUGAAGGGAGUUUUCUGUACUGUAAGUUAGGUUGGAUAAUGCUGGUGUAACCAAUCCAGUUAGAUGGUUUUCAGUUGGGGGUGUAGAAAUAGGAAGAUCGAAGGAAUGAUGGUGUUGGCAAAGUCUUCUUGAAACAACAGAUAUUGAGACAAUUUUAAGAAGCAGAAAGAUGGAUACUAUUGACUAAAGCAGGGGUCAAAAGAAGGGGGUUUAAGUCUAGACAGAGUAUGUAAUAAAGUAUGGUGGUAGCAAAGAUGUACUAACUUGCUUUAAAAAUAUUAUUAAAGUUUUAUUUAGAAUGAACUUUACCUGCCAUUGUAAUUAACCCAUCUUAGAAUUACAAUGAGCAAAAUAAAAAUCAAGGUGUUUCAAGAGAUCUGUAUUUAUAUUACAGCUUUUUAAAAACAGCAGUUUUGAAUAAUCAUAAUUAAUCUCUCCAACUCAUUAAGUCAGACUAUAACAUGGAGUUCCCCAAGGAAACAAACAAAAAAAAUGAACUCCAGAAACUCUAGCAAAUAGUUAAAGAAGCAACUUAUUCUUCGAGCAUACUCGGCUACUCUUGAAUAUGAGCUCAAUUGCAAUAUCUUGUUCAUCUUUCUAAUACAUGUACAGUACAUAUUAGAGGAUGUAGGCACAUCACUUAAGUUCAUUUCUUUUUAAAAAAAAAAAGCAAACUAAUGCAUUCUGCAUACAAUUUUGUGUUUCUUUUGGUUAAAAUGUGAAAUCGAUGCCACCAGAUGUAUAGCCACAUUAUAAGUGCUUAAAGGCAGUGCUCACAGUAUGUUCAGUUUCCAGUUAGUAGAUUUAUUGGACUCAAUAUUUUCUGGUACAUUCUCAGAAAUUGGCUACCAACUCAAAUCUGUUUGACCCAUUUUGAAUGAGUAAAUCGGAAAGAACAGUCAAAAGGGAGAAAAAAAUGCAUGUUUAUACACUUUUUAAAUAAAACCAAAUCUUGUAAGUGGACAUUAAUAACAGUGUCCUGCCUCAUUUGUUUUCACGACUCUGAGAACAAGGAGUUGCUCAACAUCCAUUAUGUAUGCUCAAGAUAAAUGUGACUUUGAAAUGUAUGUUAGCUACUGUACAUGUAUGUAAGUCAAGUAGAUGAUAGCCUUCCUGAAACUACCACUAAUAAUAUUUUCCCAUGUGCUACUUACACAAGCUUAAAUUCUAGUUCAGCAAAUGUUUUUCAUUAUUUUUUCUUACGGUUUAUUCAAUAGAGGGUACCUAGAAAAAUAUUCAGUGUGAUGGUCAACAUAUUGAGUGUUCAAGUAGGGGAUAUUUACUUUGGCAAUACAUACUGUGCAUUAUUGGUUCAGAUGCCAAUUCAUGAGACAUUAUCAUAGGAAAUGGAUAAUAUAAGAACAUGGCUCUAAGGGUCCUUCUCCACAGGCAAGCAUAGAAUUUGAGGUUCUUCAUGGGUCCCAAAACUUGCUUAGUGUUAUAUACUUAACUUCCUUCACUGAAGUAUCAAGCAAUUCUAACACACCGUUUAACAACUUUCUACCAUCAGUGCCUGCAUUUUAUUGAAGUUUGAUGUCUCUGGUACAAGGAAAUAGAGAAAGCUGAACAGUUUCUGUUGGGAGAAAAAGUUUCUGUAAUUAUUGUCAAUUCUAAGUUGUGAUGAAUAUAACUUUUCAUCUAUACAGUUCCUUACUCAUGGUCUCUAUUUAAAAGCAUAGGAUCUUUUAAGAUAUACUUUUAGCUGAGUCUUCACUGUAUGUUCAUGAAUAAUAUAAUUUAGUGAAAAACUUUAGUACAUCAUAUGUAUGGUAACUGACAUUUGCAGAUUAUUAUCAAACCAAAUCAUAAGAAAUAAUAUCUUCAGAUCACAUGAUGGCUUACCGAACAAUUUCAGGUUAUAGCAUGAUGUCUUUCUGAUUGUCUUCAGUAUAUGAUCAUAAGCAAUUAUAUUGUGUCCAUACAGUUUACAUACUGUGAUUCCCGCAAAAUCUUGCAUCUGAUAUCUACCAUGAAGAUGAAAUAAUAUGCUAUGAAUUUCAGGCAUAGACAUACUAUCAGCAAUAGAAAGCCUUCAUCAUCUAGAUAUCUGGAUAAAUCCAUUCAUCGUCAACCAUCAGAUUGUUAACUGGGGAACACGUACCUCCCUCACAAAUGCUUUCUUUUCGUCUUGUAGUUGAUUGAAUGUGAUAGGAAAUCUGCUGAGUUGACUCUUCUGUGGGCCUGAGCAGAAACAUGCAUAAGCCAUCAGAAGGAAGUCUGGAUGGGAAGGAAACCUUGUCUUUCACUCGUAGGCAAUACUGCUGUGUAGUCACGGCAGACCCAAGCACAGCUUCUUUCAGAACAUGCAAAGUCUCCUUAUGAAAUAUACACAUCAGUGCCCAAACUCAGGUGUACCAGUGUAAAGCGUAGGGUUUGCCUACCCUUUUUUCAUAUCAUUUUACAUAAGCAAGUUAGGAGACUACAGGGCUAUGAAAAUAAAUGUUUCCUUAACAGGAUUUGGAGCAAGUUCACGGGAGUACAUAGGACAGUCGAGCCCAGUGUAAACACUACCAAAGGAAAGGACAGCCUUGCAGAAGCGUGAGCUCCGACUAACAGAGCGGCUUAAGUAUGCUCUGUGAUACAGCUUAAUGCACUCCCUAUUCAAAUCCCACUGUCAAUGGGAUUUAAGUUGCCAGUUUAUAUGUGAUUUCAUGGAACACAACCAAGUUCUACUUAAUACCUUUAUGCAAUUUUUUUUUCACUGAUGAAAAAUCAAUAUCCACAUCAAUGGGUGCCCAGCUGCGGAUCACCUCUCCUAAAAAGCGAUCUUGUCAGUAUUGAAGAAAUGUAGAACCAUAAUUUUCACUACUAAUAUCAUUUUGCUCAACUACUUCUGUAUAUUGUGGAAAAAGGGGUGGGGCCGGGGGAAUGUGUGUUUCCACAUUUUCUGAGAGGUGAAAAUAUUUUUGUGUUGCUUUGUCCUAAUGGGUACUUCAAAUGAAACACCAUACAAUUUUAAAUGACAUGCAAUUAACGAAUAUUUUUUACUCUCAUAACAUUAAAAGCAUUUGUUGUGAUUUUCAAGUGUUACAAGAUAGAUUUUUGUGGUCGUGGGUAGACGUUUUAUACUUUGUUUUAUAGAUGGAUUUUUUUCCCACUGUCGUUUACUUGAGUGGACAAACAGUAUCCCAAGUCUCAAAGUGUUUCAUUGGAUGUUGUUAGAUCAGCAAAGAAAUUGGCAGAAAAUUGAUUCAUAGUAUUGUCAAAGAAUUGUGUAUUGUGUAUUCACUGGGAAAAAUAAAAAAUAUAUUCACAUUCCAAUUUUGUAAAAAAAAAAACAAAAAGCCAUUUAUGUAAACAAAUUUCUCUGUGGACAAACCAAAAAUAGAUCCUUGUGUCACUUUUA